UGGAGUACACGCUUUUGACAAAUGCAAAGCAAAAAAAUGGUAUUAUUAUUAAUAAAAAACGUUGUUUAUAUAAAAUAACAAUAUAUAUAUUUUUUUUAAUUUAAUAGUGUUUAAUAGUUGUUUUUUUUUUUCAAUUAAAUCACCAUUUGUGUUACGCAAAAUUUAAUUUGCCUGUGUGUGUGUUGCAUUCCAAAAGAGGAAGAAUAAAAUAACAAUAAUAAAAUAGCGCAUAUAUAUAUAGGUUAUAAUAAUAGUGUAUAUAAAUAAAUAUAAAAUGUCAUCAGAAGAUAUAAACAAUAGAACAGCAGCAAUUCCAACUGAGGAAGCUGGCCAAUCAGUUAGUAGUAGUACAUCAUCAUCACAAAAUCAUGGUAAUAUUAUUAAUAACAAUGUUGAUGUUAAUUCACCAAGACCUCAAGAUCAAGCAAGCCGCCAAAAUAAUCUUCAACGUAUACAACAACGUAAACAACAUGUAUUUAAUUGGCCAUUAUGCAAAAAAUUAUUAAAAUUAGCAAAUUAUAGUGCAUGUCAAAUUGAUGAUUGUAAAUGUAAUGGUUGGAAAAAUUGUCAACCACCAAUUAAAUCACCUAAAAAUGAUUUACAACAACAACCACAAACAAAUUUUACUGAUCCAUGUCGUAGUUGUACACAUACAUUGGAAAAUCAUAUAAGUCAUUUACCUAAAACAAUUGAUGAAGAAAUAAAUAAACUUCUUGGUAUGGUUGUUGAUGUUGAUAAUAUAUUUAUGGGUAUGCAUAGAGAAGAAGAUCUUGAUACUAAAAAAGUAUAUUAUUAUUUAUUUAAAUUAUUACGUAAAUGUAUAUUAUCAAUGACAAAACCAUUAAUUGAAGGACCACUUGGUCAGCCACCAUUUGAAAAACCAAGUAUUGCUAAAGCAAUUACAAAUUUUGUAUUAUAUAAAUUUGGUCAUGUAUCACAACGUGAAUGGCAAGCAAUGUAUGAUUUAGCUAAAAUGUUUCUUCAUUGUUUAAAUCAUUGGAAUUUUGAAACACCAUCAGCAAGAAAAAAAGCAACAGAUGCAACAACAAUAACAGCUGCAGCAGCAAUAGCAGCAGCAACAGCAGCAACAACAACAACAACAACAACACCAACAACAGAAUUAACAGCAGAUGAAACAAAGAAAAAAAAAGAUGAAGAAAUACCAGCAACAUCAAUUGAAGAAGCAUCAAUUUAUAAAAUUAAUUAUACAAGAUGGCUUGUAUUUUGUCAUGUACCAGCAUUUUGUGAUUCAUUACCACAUUUUGAUACGACAAUUGUAUUUGGAAGAACAUUACUUAAAGCUGUAUUUAAAUCAGUAUGUCGACAACUUAUGGAUAAAUGUCACAGUGAAAGAGAUAGAAUGUCACCAGAUAAAAGAGUACUUGUAUUAACACAUUUUCCAAAAUUUUUAUCAAUGCUUGAAUUUGAAAUAUAUUCAAAAACAUCACCAAUAUGGGAUAUAGAAUUUAAACAAGUACCACCAUCACAUUUACAUGUAUCAUCACUUGAUUCAACAAAAAAUAAUCCAACAACACGUAAAAUUGGUGAAUUUGAAAAAGUAACAGUAACACCAAAUGACAAAGAUACAUUUACAACAAUAAAUAUAAGUCCUGGUGUUAAAAAAAUUGGUGAUAAACGUGGACAUGGUGAUGUUAAAAAUGAUUCUAAACGUAGAAAAAUUGAAGAAGCAUUUGAAGAUUUAUCAGAAGAUACACUUGUUGAAAUAAUAGCAACAAUAAAUGAUCCAAAUUAUAUGUCUGGACCAGAUGCUGUAUUUUUACCAAAUGUACCACGUGAUGAAACAGCUAAACUAGAAGAAAGUAAAAAAAUAAUUGAAUUUCAUGUUAUUGGUAAUAGUUUAACACAACCAGUAUCAAAACAAACAAUGUUAUGGUUAAUUGGUUUACAUAAUGUAUUUAGUCAUCAAUUACCAAGAAUGCCAAAAGAAUAUAUAUCACAAUUAGUAUUUGAUCCAAAACAUAAAACAUUGGCAUUAAUUAAAGAAGGUAGACCAAUUGGUGGUAUAUGUUUUCGUAUGUUUACAACUCAAGGUUUUACGGAAAUUGUUUUUUGUGCUGUUACAAGCCAAGAACAAGUCAAAGGUUAUGGUACACAUUUAAUGAAUAUGCUUAAAGAUUAUCAUAUUAAAAAUAAUAUAAUACAUUUUUUAACAUUUGCUGAUGAAUUUGCUAUUGGUUAUUUUAAAAAACAAGGUUUUAGUAAAGAUAUUAAAUUACCAAGAAUAAUGUAUCAAGGUUAUAUUAAAGAUUAUGAAGGUGCAACAUUAAUGCAUUGUGAAUUAAAUUCAAAAAUUGUUUAUACAGAAUUUACAACUGUCAUUAGAAAACAAAAAGAAAUUGUUAAAAAAUUAAUACAACAAAGACAACAAGAAAUACAAAAAAUACAUCCAGGAUUAACAUGUUUUAAAGAAGGUGUUAGAGGUAUACCAGUUGAAUGUAUACCAGGUAUACGUGAAACUGGAUGGAAAAAUUAUGGACAAACAAGAACAAGAGGUGUUGCUAAAGGUACACAAGGUCCUGAACCAGUUGAAGCAUGUUUAGAUGUUACUGAUUCACUUUAUAAUGCAUUAAAAAAUGUUUUAAAUAGUGUAAGAAAUCAUAGUACUGCUUGGCCAUUUUUAAAACCAGUUGAUAAAAAUGAUGUACCAGAUUAUUAUGAUCAUAUUAAAUAUCCAAUGGAUUUAAAAACCAUGACUGAAAGACUUAAAAAUCGUUAUUAUGUUGCACGUAGAUUAUUCAUUGCUGAUAUGACAAGAAUAUUUACAAAUUGUCGUCUUUACAAUAGUCCAGAUACUGAAUAUUAUAGAUGUGCAAAUGCUCUUGAAAAAUACUUUCAAACAAGAAUGAAAGAAAUUGGUCUUUGGGAUAAAUAAUAAGUGUAUUUUAAUUAUUAAAAAAAAAAAAACAAAAAAACGAAAUAACUAAAUAUUAUUCGAAAUAAUACACUACUAUCUACACGCUUAUUUUAAAUUUAUAUUUUUUUUUCAUUUUUAAAUUAUUAUAUUAUUAUUUUUUAGCUUAAAAAUAAUGUUUUUUUUUUAUUUUAUUUUUUUUUAUUUUUUCCUUAUCUUUAUAUCAUGUUUUAAUUUCCAAUUGAAAUUUCUACACGAUCUGGGCAUUGAUGCUGAAUCGAGAGUAAGGAUAUAAAAAAAAAUAAAAAAAUUGUAUUGUUUUGUAUAUAAAUAUUAUAUUUAAUGAAAAAAAAAAAAAAAAUAUGAAUAACCAAGUUACUAGUCUACUUUACACCCUAGUUAAUACUAUUAAAUUAAAACCGUUAAUUAAAGACCGAUGAGAUUUUA